CUCCCAGGAGGCACCGCGGCGGGGUGGAGCCAAAGCCUGGCGCGCACCCCAGCGGCGAGCGGAAGAGCAGGCGCUUCAUGGUGGCAGCGGAAGCAGAGAGCGACGGCGUCCCGGCAGAGUGAGGGGCCGCCAGAGACAAGUCCCACACAUCAGGCAGGACACUUGCCACAGCCUCUUAGGAAGUGCAGAGAGGGCAGCUCCAGAAGGUCAUUCGAGAAAUGAGAGGUGGAUCAUUAAAGGCCCCAGAUUGAAGUGGUGCCAUGCAGCAAGAAGCAGAGAGAUGCAGAGCUCGAACCAAGAGGCCUGACAUGGCACUUUAUGUACCUAAAGCGCGAAGGGGUACAGAGGUCCUUAAGGCAGGUGACAAGGAAGAAAGCUGUAGGCCUCCUGAAGGUUGUCUUCCCCAGAAGAUCUCUGGAAAUAAACCUGAGUCUCACAGACUAAGUGGCCACUCUGAUAGAAAGGAGUGUGACAGUAGGGAAGGCAAGAGAUCUUCAUCAAAAUUAAGGAAAGACAGGUGCCUUCAGAAAAAGAAUAAAGAUAAGGUUUGUGCUAAGAGAGGACCUAAAGAAUCCAAAGAAGCCUCAUCUCAAGAGCAUCAACACAGAGCCCCCAGUGCUGGGAUUAUAUCUAGUAUACCUCUACAAAGACUUUUUAAACCAAAGGAAAUGGAGUGUUUGGGAGUUCCAACUGCAGGAGAGAUGGGACACCAGGAGGUGCUUCCGUUGAAGUCUUACUCAGAAGUCAGUGAUGCUCAGGUUCUAAACAGACCAUUCCAGAACAUAGGACUUUGUGAUUUCAGUGGAGAAAUUCGUGUAAAUAGAAAUUUGGAAAGCAGAAUUGAAACUGAGACCAAAGUAGUGGAGUUGGUCUCCCAGUUUCCUCAAGUUGUUACCACUCCCUUGAAACCAGAGGGUAUGGCUAUGCCAGUAACGCUAAGUUCUGAUUCUGAAACUGCACCAUGCAGUGUGGAAACUUCAGAUGGAGUGUCAAAGCUCAGUUCUGGGAGCAUCUCUGCAGUUUCUGUUCCUGGAGGUCCAAAUGAUGAUGCUGAGCCAACUUUUAUAGACUUUGAAGCUGAGAGUGAGGAUGCAGUCAACACUCCAGAGUCUGCCUUGUAUCAGAAAGGUGUAGAUUCCAUUCCUGAGACUGUGGAUAACAUUUCUCUUAAAAUGGCUAUAGUCAGCAAGUUAGAGAGCACAAAUGGCAUUAUUGAUCCAACAGUGACUAGAGAAUGCGAGAGUGACAGCUCUGCUGAUGAGUUGUGUGUAAAGUAUGAACCUUCUGAUACAGCUGUCCUUGCUCAUGAAAUGGGCAUAGAUAACGGGUUUAAGAAUGGCUGUGACACCGCCAGCAAGGCACGUAUGGAGGACAUGGCAGGUGCAGAGUGUGAUCACAAAACUGCAGACAGGCCUUGUGUAGUUGCAGUUAGAGAAUCUGAUGAGAGUAGCAGCAAUACAAGUAAUUUCUCAGAUUAUAUAGAGAUGAGUGCAGACGUAGCCCUCCUCAAUGCAGCUGAAAGUGAGAAUGGCUCUGAAAAUGUUAGCAGCCUAACCACUUGCCCAGAUAUUCAUGCUGAGAGUAUUGCUUCUAGUUUUACAGAGUCAACAGGAAAGUUGAUAGAGUGUGUGUCAGGAUGUGCUUCCUCUUUCCCCAUAAAGAAGAUUGCUGACAGUAAUUGUACCACUUGUUUGGACUCUGAACUGAGAGUGUCUAAUGGGACAGAAGUCCUUUUGGAGAGCGCCUUGGGCAGUGAUCUGAAUAGUACUGAGGAGAUAACAGAGGCAUUGCACGAACUAAGAACUGCUGCUGAAGAGUUUAAAACAAAGGAGGAAGAUGACUCAGAGAAUGUAGUGUGUGGCGUAUCAUUUUCUGAUAGAGAUCCAUCUGUGGAAACAUCCGUAGAGCUAAAAACAACAGACACUUCUCACAUAGAAGGAAGUAUUGCUGUGGAGGAAAGCUGGGAAUCUAUGUUUAAUGAUGAUGGUGACUGUGUAGAUCCACGUCUUCUACAAGAGUUAUCAGGGAAUAUGAAGAACAGAAAAAGCAUUCAGGAGCCUAGAUUUGAUUAUUACAGCCAUGAACUUCCUGAUAUUGACCUCAGUGAAUGUGAAUUCCCACAUGUCAUUGAAAUUUAUGACUUUCCUCGAGAAUUUCGUACAGAAGACCUUUUGCGGAUUUUCUGCAGUUACCAAAAGAAAGGAUUUGAUAUUAAAUGGGUAGAUGACACACAUGCCCUAGGAGUAUUCUCCAGUCCAAUCACAGCUCGUGAUGCUCUGGGUAUUAAGCAUACCAUGGUGAAGAUACGGCCCUUGUCACAGGCCACAAGAGCAGCCAAGGCCAAAGCCAGAGCUUGUGCUGAGUUUCUCCAGCCUGCAAAGGAGCGACCUGAGACUUCAGCAGCCUUAGCCAGAAGGUUAGUUAUCAGUGCCCUUGGGGUUCGAAGCAAACAGAACAAAACUGAACGGGAAGCAGAGCUCAAGAAACUGCAAGAAGCCCGAGAGAGAAAACGGUUGGAAGCCAAGCAACGGGAAGACAUCUGGGAAGGCAGAAGCCAAUCUGCAGUUUGAACAGCACUUACUGAAAAGGUGACUCCAUGGAUUAGGAAGUGUUUUCAUGUUCUUGAGACAAGAGGGCCCUUCCAGAGCUGUGUACAUGCAGAUGAGCAUGUUAAAGAAAACGUGAACAAGACAAAGGACUGGAGGGUUUAGUGAGAACAAGGUGUCCUCUCCUCACUCCUACAUCCGGGACUGCCCUCCGGUGGCAGAUGUCAAAAGUCACCAUCAAGUGAGAAGAGAAAGGGACGGAGUGACUUCUAAGAGUUCUCUGGGUAGAAGAGGCCACGUUAGUGUGGCUCACACUUCCAGGAAGUCCAGAGCAAGUGCAAAGCAGAACAGAGGAUUCAGGCCUGCAGUGGUAGGAGUCAGAGGCCCACGUGGCCGGCAUUCCUUAGUAGUUCACACAUUGAGAACAGCACGGGGGUGGUGGGAAGCAUCACAGAGACAGAAGUGCCUGAUGUUCUUGGCAGAUAGCGUCUACACUGCUGGCUCCAGAGCUCUAAAGCCAGGGAAGCGUGGCACAUGUCGGUAUUUGGACUCCUGAGUUUGUACUAAGCUUGGUGCCUGGCACUGUGCCAGCUGCACAGCAGCCAGGGGUCUUCCUCCCUCCCUCUCAGUAAGCCAGUCCUAGGGAGCUUAGUGCCAGCUCCAGUUUAAGCAGUAAUAUGUUGUGAGAGGGAGAGAUUAAAGGCUAUUUUAUAGUAUAAAUCAUUCUGGUGUUUGUAAGUUUUGCCCCCCACCCCCACUCCCACUCCCACCCUACCCACUCCUGCCCCAAACCCAACAACAACAACAAAGACGAAAGAAAGAGUACAUGUGCUCUCUAAUCUUCAUGGCUCUGAUGCCAUGAGUGGUUUAAACAGGUGCUGCUUCACCAACCCCAGGAAUAGAGCACUCCCCAUCUUUUCUGCCCCAGAAUAUACCCCCUAGUGGCCAUCCUGGCGUUUCUGUGUGGCAGCCUCUCUGGCCUUGACCUCUUUUUGCAACCUUCCUCUGACCCCUUCUCUUUUUCCAUAGCUGUCAACUCUGACACCCUGCAGGGGCAUCUGGCACCCAGCAUGUUCUUGGUACAGUCUUAGUCUGUGCCAGAGGCACUUGGCAAGCAGCACCAGACCAUCCAGUACAGUGAUGAGCUGCCAGGAUGAAAUAAACACCACUAGGCAGUGUGCAGUACCCAAAACGACAUGGACAGGUCAGAGCCACCAGCACGGCCUUUUCUGUCUCACAGCUGCCUUCGUAGUUGUGGAAAGCAGUUCUGUGCUGAAGAAGUGGCAGUGCUAGUCUCUAAGUGCUGAGGAGGCAGGAAGUGGAGUCACACUGUGCUGCCAUCUAGGGCAGAAGCCUCUUUUCAUGCCCAUGACAAUGAUGGAUUAUUAGCUUUGUCUAGAACAUGGUAGAAUGGGGCUCUUCAUACAGUCCUUAAAUGAUACUGGCCUUGGGUCUGAGUCUUGGCCUGUCUCUGUUGCUACUCCAGUCUUGGAACCCUGUCACAGUUCUUUAGCAUUGUCUCUCGUUCCAGGUUUCCCAGUGACCCUAUCCAGUGUAUACCACCAUUCCAUAUGUGGGAAAAUACAUUGUUUUCUUGAUCCUCUAUUUCUACUCAAGUCUUUGGCUUGUACCUGUAGAGUUUAUGCUCUGUCUUCAUAGAACAGACUUCUCAAAUAUCUGUAGGCCUGUUUGAACAGUGGGUACAAUGAAAGAAAAUACCAAGAAUUCUAACAUUGGCUUUUAUUAUUAUUAUUAUUAGCUAUUUAUAAUCAUAAUUUUAUUUGUAUCAGUGUUUUGCCUGCAUGUCUGUCAAUGCCCGGUAACUGUGGAGGCUAGGAAAGUGUGUCAGAUCUUCUGGAACUGGAAUUAGAGGUGGUCAUGAGCCACCGUUUGGAAGCCUGGCAUCAUACUUGGGUCUUCUGGAAGAGCCGGACUCUUAGCUGCUGAGCCAUUACCCCAGCCCCAGCACUGCUUUCUACUGGUGUAUUUCUAAGGCACAUACUUGCCGUGUUUUGGCACCCCACCCCUUGUUAGACAGCAGACUACAGCCACACAUGUGCUGGACAGCACUCUACCUCUGAGCUCUACUCCCAGGCUAGUUGACAAACAAAAUGACUUCUCUUGUCACUUGUCUGUGAAAGUACUACUUGUUAACUGGUUAAUGUACUGUAAAGGCAUUGUUAACAAUAAUGUACAGCCCCAUGUCUAUUACCCAGUUUUUAAGUAAGUCUCAUCAUUUCCAAAACAAUUUCUCAUUAAGUGUUCUAGCAAACUAUCUUCCAUCUGAUGAUCAGCUACUUUUAACUCUCAGGGUAAUUCUUAUAAUCUCAGAGAAUAAAUUUUUUUAAGUGGA